UGGAAAGUUGCAGCCAGUUAAGGAGUAGGAGCCAUGGCUGCAACUGCUCAGUAUCUGCCUAGGAAUAACACAUUGCCUUCUAAUCCUCUGAUGCAUCCGGACUCAGACAGGAUGCACCAGGGUACCACCUACAGAGAGGUGCAAAAGAUGAUGCACCAAGAGUACCUUCAAGGCUUGGCCACCAACGCCGGACACCCAAUGAGCCUCACCCAUCACCAGUGGUUGCCUAAUCCCACCAGCGACUGGGGCAGCGGCUCCCACCUAGGUGGUCAAGCAGAUCAUGGCAAAGGAGCAGUUCAGAGCAGCAGGGAGGACCUGAGUACCAGCUUCCACCAUCACAGAUCUCACCUGGUCCAUCAGCAAACGCCAAGUAGCCACGCGUGGGCGCAGAGUGGGAACCACCACCUGUCGCCAAUGUCCCCAAGCUCCAACAGCCAUCAACCCCUUAUCUACUCCCAGUCUUCUUAUACCAAUCUGCUAGGUCCACAGGCUUCAUCCUUGCACCACAUCAGAGACCCACUGCACGAUGACCCAGGUGUCCAUGACACUCAUGUAGAGUCACCUCCACAGCACCUCAACCACCACCAGGACCACUCAGACGAAGAUGCCCCCAGCUCUGAUGACCUAGAACAGUUUGCCAAGCAGUUCAAACAGAGGAGAAUCAAGCUGGGCUUCACUCAGGCAGAUGUUGGCUUAGCCCUGGGCACCUUGUAUGGUAACGUCUUUUCUCAAACAACUAUCUGCAGGUUUGAAGCUUUACAGCUGAGUUUCAAGAACAUGUGCAAACUGAAGCCUCUUUUGAACAAGUGGCUGGAGGAGACAGAUUCCACUACGGGGAGUCCCACAAACCUGGACAAGAUUGCAGCCCAGGGAAGGAAAAGGAAGAAGAGGACCUCCAUAGAAGUUGGGGUGAAAGGAGCACUGGAGAACCAUUUCCUAAAGUGCCCCAAACCCUCAGCCCAUGAGAUCACCAGCCUGGCAGACAGUCUCCAAUUGGAGAAGGAGGUGGUGAGAGUUUGGUUUUGCAACAGAAGGCAGAAAGAGAAAAGAAUGACCCCAGCUGGGGUUCCUCACCCCCCCAUGGAGGAUGUGUAUUCACAAGCUGAGACUCCUCCACUCCAUCACACACUGCAGACCUCUGUACAAUGACUAUGAAACAGAAAGAGUGGAUGUAAGGGGGUGUGGGGAUGAAGUAAGUACUUUUGGAUUUUACAAAAGAGAAAUAAUAAUAGUUACAGGACUCUUAGGGAAUCACUGGUGUAUCUCUCACCAGAAGACUAUAUACAGACAUAAACAAACAUCACUAAAAUUGCUUUUAGCUAUUCUCUUUGGUACACCUCAACUCAUCUAAAUGUUCAUGUUCCUCCAUGAAGGUAAAAAAAGAAGAGGGGGAGUAAUUUAUUAAUCAGAAUAUUGGGGGAAUGGGCUAAAAUUAUAAGAACUGUGAAUAUUUUUUUUAAUUAUUAUUAUUAAUGUAAAUCAUUGUAACAAAGACUUUGGCAGCUUUGAAUGGAAAUAUGUGUGUUAUUUAUUAAUUAGACUAUUUAACCCCUGAAGUGCAGCUGAAGGUGAGGGGGGGGAUACCGCUGGCAUGCAUGCGGUUAAUAUAAAUGCCCUGCUUGUUAAAAAAAAAUAUAUAUAUAUAUGUAUAUAUAUAUAUUUGAACACCACAAAAAUUAAUCUGAUUAAUUAUUCACAUUUUUAAUUUAAAAAUGCACAUCCAAAGGUCUUUUUAAGUUAAUGUAUUUGUGUUGUUUUAUUUUUGUUAUUUUAAUGUCAGGUGCAUAUCCCUAGUCUUUGGGGAAAAAAGAUUCAUGGAUAUCAAAUGUUGCUUGGCAAAUUAUCUAUUUACACCAAAAUCUACAUGAUGGGGCAAGAUGUUGAGUAAUAUUUCGAUAUAAUAAUAUGAAGCAAUUGUAUUAUACAAUCUCAUUAAUUGGUAUAGUUGUAUUACUGCUUUCAGGGCCAAAAUUCCAAUUUACUAUUGUUUCAUCUUUUUGCCUUUGCAUGCUAUAUCAUAUCACUAUUUACAUUUUGUUAUUCUAUCAGCCUGUAUGUUUUUUAUAGUAGAACUAUUACAAAACACACAAAACUCCAAAUUGUUUUUUUUAUCUAUAUUGUGUAUGCUGUAUUAAAAGGGGUGGUAUACAGAAAUAAAAUUAAAAUACCAACAUA